UCCAUCCGCCGCCUGAUGGAAGCGGAGAAGGUGAAGGGCUUUUGCCAAGUGGUGAUCUCCUCCAACCUGCGGGAUGGCAUGUCCCACCUCAUCCAGUCCAGUGGGCUCGGGGGGCUGCAGCACAACACGGUGCUGGUGGGCUGGCCCCGCAGCUGGCGCCAGAAGGAGGACCACCAGACCUGGAGGAAUUUCAUCGAGCUGGUGCGAGAGACCACGGCCGGGCACCUGGCCUUGCUGGUGGCCAAGAAUGUCGCCAUGUUCCCGGGCAACCAGGAGCGGUUCUCGGAGGGCCACAUCGACGUCUGGUGGAUUGUCCAUGACGGGGGGAUGCUCAUGCUGCUCCCCUUCCUCCUCCGGCACCACAAGGUCUGGCGCAAGUGCAAGAUGCGUAUCUUCACGGUGGCACAGAUGGACGACAACAGCAUCCAGAUGAAGAAGGACCUGACCACGUUCCUGUACCACCUGCGCAUCACUGCAGAGGUGGAGGUGGUGGAGAUGCACGAGAGUGACAUCUCCGCCUACACCUAUGAGAAGACGCUGGUGAUGGAGCAGCGCUCCCAAAUCCUCAAGCAAAUGCACCUCACCAAGAAUGAGCGGGAACGGGAGGUCCAACUCAUCCACGACAAAAAUGCCACCACCUUCUCCAGCAGCUCCCAGUCCCCUGGCGACGAGGUGGAGACGGCCCCUGAGAAGGUGCAUCUCACCUGGACCAAAGAGAAGUCUGUUGCUGAGAAGAACAAGAGCAAGAGCCCCGUCAGCCCUGAGGGCAUCAAGGACUUCUUCAACAUGAAGCCCUGUGCAGACAUGGAGUUCCUGGAGGUGCUGACAGAGCACCUGGACCGAGUGCUCCUGGUGCGCGGUGGGGGCCGGGAGGUCAUCACCAUUUACUCCUGA